AUGGCCUCUCUCUUUUCCCCUUUCUACUCUCUUUUAACACUGACAUCUGAGUCCUACCACCAUAGUCAGGAAACCAGAGACAACGCUCCUUCACAAAUAGCUUAUACUAGCACAGUAUUGCUGAAGAAAUUGGGGCUAUGUUUUCUGAGUGCUGCAUAUGUGUGCAUGAUUCUGUUUUUACUUCUGAUUUUAGCUUCUGUGGUGGGUGUUGGAUUGGUUCGGUUCUGGGUUGAGGAGCCUCUGAUUGUUCAUGAAAGUUUGCAUUUUGAUUACACUGAAACCCACCCUUCAGCUGUUUUUUCCUUUAGCGGUGAAGUUAGUGCUGCCGGAGGGUAUAUUAAGAAAAAACACAUACGUGUUCCACUUGGUCACACAUUUUCUGUUUCUUUGUCACUCUUGAUGCCUGAAUCUGAUUUCAACAGGGACCUUGGAGUGUUUCAGUUGACAGCAGAACUCGUAUCAGUAAAUGGAAAUGUGAUAGCAAAAUCAAGCCAGCCAUGCAUGUUACGGUUUCGAAGCUCGCCAAUUCGGCUUGCGAGGACAGUUAUGAUGGGUUUGCCUUUGGUACUAGGAAUAUCAGCUGAGACACAGAAAAUCAAUGUGGAAAUACUGAGGUACAAGGAAGUGAAUCAAAGAAGCAAUGCUGUAAGAUUAACCCUACAUCCAAGAGCAGGAACUUCAUCUCUUCCACAGCUAUAUGAAGCUGAGAUUGUUCUUAACUCUCACCUACCGUGGACAAAAGAGUUAAUCAGGAAUUGGAAGUGGACUUUCUAUGUUUGGGUUUCAUUGUAUGUGUACAUUUUGCUACUCAUGCUUCUCCUAUGUUGGUAUAGGCCACUCAUUUUUCUAGUCACGCCAGAGUUUUACAGUGAUCAAAGGGUGAGUAACGGUGUAACAAGUGAAGAACUUAAAGAGUUACAAGAUGGAGAGUUAUUAGGUGAUGAGAGUGAUGUUUCUGAGUUGUUGAGGAAAUUGAGACUUAGCAGAGAUAAGAGAAAGACUAUACUGACACAUGGUGUUGGUGUGGAGGAAAUAGUUGGCUCAUCAGCUUCAAGCAUUAGCAUGUCUGCUACUAGAGAAGAUAUAACCAGUACUGUUGUGGAAGAUGUAACUAGUGUUGAAGUGGAAGAUGAUGUUGAAGACGAUGUUGAGGAUUCUGAAUCAGUGUGCAUUGAUUAG